AUGGUCUCCCACACAGGAUCCACCCGGGUUGCCCUGUUCCUGCUCUGCUGUAUGGGAAGCUUGAUGUUCUCUCAUAUGGCACCCACCAAUCAACCACAACCAGAAGACAUAGGAGCAAUAAUCACGGAAUUAUGGAACUCGUCUAAGAAACUUUUGGAGGACUACCAGAAGAAAGAGACAGGGGUGCCAGAAUCCACAGAUUACUCACUCAGAAUCCAAACAUUACUGCCGUGUUUCACCUCUGACUCCCAACCACCAAGCAACAUCAACAGCUCAACCUUCCUGCCUUAUUUCAAGGCAAUCAAACCAUUAUUAAAUAACAGUGAGGUCCAAGAAAUCAUAGAACAGCUUGACAAACUCAAACUUCAAAAUGCAUCAGAAACAGAAGUUUCUGUGCCUACAGAUACCUUCGAAUGUAAAAGAUUCAUCUUGACUAUUUUACGACAGUUUUCAGAGUGCCUGGAACGUGUUAAAUCUUUGAACUCUGGAGCCGAGUAG